CCCCCCUCGCAGACCCGCGGGCCCCGCCGUGCGCCCGGCGCUUCUGUCCCCUCGCGGGGUUGGCUCGCGCGCGGAGGGCUCGCGGGGGCUCCGGUGUCGGCGGGGGGUGCCCCGGCCGUGAGUCCCCGCGGUGCCCUGGCUCGGAGUUCUCAGCUCUUCUCUCCCGCCAGGCCCCGGUGGCGGAGGGUCGCCGGGCAGCAGCCGCGAUGUGGGGGUGACCGGCAGCGCGCGAUCCGGGAGCCCGUGAGAGCAGCGGGGACCUGGGCCAGGUGGACGUCCGUCGGCGGGCAGGGCGACGCAGGUUUUCGGGAUGGAAGCGGAAGGCUUGGACUGGCUUUUGGUCCCCUUGCACCAGCUGGUUUCCUGGGGGGCAGCCGGGGCCAUGGUCUUCGGAGGGGUCGUGCCUUAUAUCCCCCAGUACAGGGACAUCCGGAGGACUCAGAACGCUGAGGGCUUCUCUACCUACGUGUGUCUGGUGCUCCUGGUGGCUAAUAUUUUACGGAUCCUCUUCUGGUUUGGACGGCACUUUGAGUCGCCGCUUCUCUGGCAGAGUGCAGUCAUGAUCUUGACCAUGUUACUGAUGUUGAAGCUCUGCACCGAAGUCCGCGUCACAAACGAGCUGAACGUAAAACGCCGUUUCUUUGCAGCAUCAAGAUGGUGCUCAUGUGGACCAGCGGUGACACCUUCAAGACGGCCUACUUCCUGCUCAACGGCGCCCCCCUGCAGUUCUCCGUGUGCGGCCUGCUGCAGGUGCUGGUGGACCUGGCCAUCCUGGGACAGGCCUACGCCUUCGCCCGCCACCCCCAGAAGCCAGCCCCCCACGUGGCACACCCUGCCAGCGCCAAGGCCCUCUGAGGUGGCAGGGGAGGACACGGACGUGUGGCCUCCGCCGUGGGCACUGGCCCAGUCACCUGUCAUCCCUGUGUGGGGCAGGUGGGCACCAUGGCCCAAGGGGAUGUCUGGGCCAUCGGGAUCUCGAUCAGCUCUGUGGGUCUCAGGUGCACUGCCAGGGGACCUGGGUGCCAACAUUGAUCCUCCGCCCUGAGGAUGAGUGUGAGUGGGCACUAGACCCCAGGGCUGGGCUGAGGCUGUUUUCCAGGUGAUGGAGAAGCAAGUGUUCUCUUCUUUCCUCCCAAAAAACACUUGUCUGGAACUUGGAAUGUGCUCACAGACCCAGGAAAUGGCAGACUUCGGGCUGCUAUGGGACAGGGCGCCAGGAAGCCCCUCUGGGACUCAGGCCUGCCGGGAGCCCCUGGGGCCUGCGGCCGGACUCUCGGCAACCCUCGGCCUGGGCGGCUUGGGGAGCAGGAGUGAGCAGUGGCACCAGGAGAACCCGCGCACCCGGCGCACAGAGCCUGGUCUCAGAAUGGCCCAAACGUGGACAUCCUGGUGACAGCAUGCGCGCGAGGGUGACUCAGAGCAGAGCCUGGGCACAGAGAGUGGGCCUGGGGUUUGAACACAGCUGAUGCUUGUGGGAAGGAAGCUGUGGGGACGCACGUUACAAGUGCUCUUGGUGACCUGCUGGAGUCGGCCCCGUGAGGGCCACCUUCAGUGCGGCCGUGUCACGGGACUAGGGACUUGGCCCUCAGCUUGGCAGUGGGGCCCAGAGUGUUCCGUGUGCCCACGUGCCUCAUUUCUGCAUUGGCUGCCUCCUGGGAGAUGCCCGUGUGGACGCCGCUGGCAGGGAGGGGACGAGCCUGUGUCCAUGCCGGCUGGACGCUGCCAGAGUGAGCUCAGGGGUGUUGGCACCAGAGCCUGGAGUUCCCCAUGAGUCCUGAGGGGAUGUGGGGGGCACAAGUGGCCCGUGUGUGCCCCUAGGGAAGCUGGGGGCCUGGGACCAGGUCUGGGGGACGCACCCUCCGCCGAGGACAGGCGUACUUACGGGCGUUCCCUCUGGGUUCCAGGAAUUGCACGUGCCUGCAGCCUGCCGCCCUGGACGUCUGUGUUCCAGGACGGUGAUGGCCUGUGAGUCAGGCGAGGGGAUGUGUGAUGCAGGUGUCCCCACGCUCCUCGGGCGUGGGGUGACGUGCCCGGGCGGGGCGUCCCUGGCCACCUGCUUUUUCCCCUCUCAGUUUUACAGGAGCAUCUCUGCUGUGCCCAGCAGCCCUGGGCGAGCUCCCAGGCCCCGGCGCCUGAGUGUCCCAGCAGCCGUGGGGCUUCCCCUCUGCGGGGCGGAGGGCCGGCCCUGGGGCGGGUGUGCGGGGGCGGUGCCACUGUCCUGCUGCUCCAGCUGCUGCCUCCUCCGGAGCUUUGCUCACAAAUGCCUGAAUGUUUGAGUGAGGAUCCUGCUUAGGCACUUGGGCUAUAAGACGCUUUGGAAAUGUUUAUUUUUAAACACAGGGGGUGUCAGUAGCCGUAAUUUCCUCCAGAUUAAAGUGUCUCCCUCUGCCUGCGGCCGUGGCGGCAUGUGCCCAGCGAGGGGAGCACUCGGGGUUGUCCGCGCUCUGACUUUACCCCAAUAAACCGCUUGUGGAUCUGUG